CCAACAAGGAGGAGAAAGAAGCUGUGAGUGACUGAAUAUAGUUCUGCCAAACCCACAAUGCAAAGGGAUGACGGAAGGGAAGGCAAAGCGAUCCUGCCGCAGAAAGMGGGAAAAUAAAAUAUUAAUAAAACAACCCAGAUUCGGUCGAUGUGACAAACAYGCUCAGCGUGGCAUCCCGGUGCGUGCUCACCGCCUCACCCAUCCUGCGACUCCCACCUUCUUUCAUCCACCAAGAAGACCACCCCAUCGGUGGUGAGUUGGUGAUGCGGGGCGGAGCUGCAGAACACGCCGGCAUGUCAGCAUCUAAAGGCGUCUUCUUGAUCUCAUUCAGAUCUGUGCCCCGCCGCCCUCUUUAGCGGAUGAGAGAACUCCGGGUAAAUUGGCGGAGGAGGGUUAAACUCUCCCCGGCUGAGGAUCUCUCGCUCCGGGGGAAGAGCCCUCCCACCACGCGGCGACGUCCCCUCCCCGAACCCCAGCAGACCGAGACGGAGCCCACCGAUGCGCACGGCGGCCCCUGAUGCUCGGCGGCGCUCCGGGGCUUUCCUGUCGGUGGGAGAGGCUCGAGCCGCGGCCGCGCGCUAGGAUGCUGCGCCAGGUGUUGCACGCGGGACUCGGGGCGUGCUUCCACGCGCUCGGCCGCUUCGUGGCCGGCCACCCGGUGUUCUUUGCCUCGGCGCCCGUGCUCCUGUCCGUCUUGCUGGGGGCCAGCUUCAGCCGGUACCGCGUGGAGGAGGACGUGGAGAGCCUGCUCGCGCCCAAGCACAGCCUGGCCAAGAUCGAAGGGAACCUGGUGGAGAGCCUGUUCCCGGUGAACCGCUCCAAGCACGCGCUCUACUCGGACCUGCAAACGGCGGGCCGCUACGGGCGCGUGAUCAUCACAGCCCGGAAGGGGAGCGUGCUGGACCCGCCUCACCUGGACAAUAUUCUACAGUUGCACAGACGGAUCUAUCAGAUGCAGGUGACGGUCCCAGCCACAGGCUUCAACAGGUUCAACUACUCCUUCUCCUACCUCUGUCUGCCUGAUGACAAGAACGUCUGCAUCAUUGAUGACAUCAUCCGCGCCAUGGAGGAGAUCCAGUCGGCUCGUGCCUCCAACCAAACCAUCCCGGUCCUGAGGUAUCCCAUCACCCAACUGGCAGACGGUCGAAAAGCAUACAUCGGCCACCAGCUGGGCGGCGUUCAGGGCUGGGGUGGAGCGAUACGAAUCCAGGGGACGGGAGCCAAAGUAGAGGGCGUUCGAUCUGCCAGGGCAGUGCAGCUGACCUACUACCUCCAAUCCCAAAGCGGCCUAUUGGAUCGAGUAGCGAGCCAGUGGGAAAAAGCCUUCUGCGCUGAGGUGAAGCACUUUGGAACUUCACAUCCAAAAAUGGGGCUCUACUCGUCCACAUCCUCCUCCUUGAGGACAGAUUUCCAGUUUUCCUCUGUGCUGGCACGUCGCCCCCUGUUGGCCAGCUUGGGAGUAUGCGGGGUGCUGGCCAUCCUCUGCUGCUCCAUGAGGGACUGUGUUAGGUCCAAACCCUGGUUGGGACUGUUGGCUCUGCUGUCAGUCACACUGUCGGGCCUAACUGCUGCUGGAAUAUUAAACCUGACUGGAGCCACCUACAACUCUACAUAUCUGGGAAUUCCUUUUGUCAUGCUGGGCCACGGGCUUUUCGGCUCUUUUGAGAUGCUGUCGUCAUGGAGGCGAACACGGGAGGACCAGCACGUGAAAGAGCGCGUGGCGAGCGUGUUCGAGGACGUCAUGCUGCGUUUUUCCGGCUCCACCAUGGUCCACCUGACGACGCUGGGCCUGGCCGCCUCGCCGCUCACCAACAUGGACGCCGUCCGGCUCUUCUGUCGUGCCGCCGCCCUCGCAGUCAGCGUCAGCUACGUUUACAUGUUGUCGUUCUACAGCUCCUGCCUGGUGUUCACGGGCUACUUGGAGACCCGGUACAGACACGGCUGCUUCUGCCGGAGAGUCCCCAAACAGGAUCGACUGGACUCUAAACCGGCCUGGUACCGGUGUUUGAUGCACACUCGUUACCAGGAUGAGACGCAGUUGAGCGGCCUGCCGCGCGGAGCUGGCCCCACGCUGAACUCAAACCUGACUCACACAGAAAUGCGUGGACAUCUGACUAACUCCACAAACACACAUUCACACUCUCAGAGUCACUCCACAGCAAGUAUGGAUUCUCAUCCUCAGGAUUCGCACCUUUUACUGGGGUGCGUGCGACGCUGCUAUGGCGACUGGAUCACCAACACUUAUGUCAAGCCCUUUGUAGUUCUGCUGUACCUGGUUUACAUCUCCUUCGCAUUGAUGGGGUUCCUUCAGGUCACCCAAGGUUCCGACCCCAGCGCACUGGUGGCCAUGGAUACAGCAACCGUCCUAUACACACGUGCCCAGCAGCGUUACUUCAGCUCAUACUCUCCUGUGAUCGGGUUCUACAUCUACGAAAGUGCCCCUUACUGGAACGCCUCGGUGCAGCGGGACCUGCUGGAGUACGCCAAAGGCUUCCAGAGGAUCAGCUGGCUUGAGGCCUACCUGAGCUACCUGCUGGACCGCAAUGAGUCCACAAGCCAGCCGCGCGAGAACUUCACCCACACGCUGCGCCACGCCUUCCUCCGCGAUCCGCGCUUCGCCCACUUCGAGGAUGACAUCAUCUUCGCGGCGCGCGGCCAGGGCGAGGAGCCCGACGUGGCGGCGUCGCGCCUCUUCCUGGUGGCCAAGACGACGGAGAACAAGCGCGAGGAGAUGUCAGUGCUGCUGGACACGCUGCGUCGCCUCUCGCUCACCUCCCGCGUCCGCUUCCUCAUCUUCAACCCCUCCUUCGUGUACUUGGACCGUUACGCCGCGGCGGUGGGCUCGCCCCUCAGGCACUCCCUGCUGGCAGCGCUCUUCCUGUUGGGGCUCUCCUCUCUGGCCAUCGUGGAGCCGCUGGUGUCCGUGUGGCUGGGUCUCACCCUGCUCUCGGUCCAGUUCGGGGUGCUGGGCUUCAUGACGCUGUGGGGCGUGGAGAUGGACUGCGUGUCUGUGCUGUGUCUGAUCUCGGCUCUGGGACACUCGGCGGACUGCAGCGGCCCGCUCCUCUGUGGUUUCGCCUCAGGUCAGGGCGAGAGCAGGACUCGCUGGGUUCGGUUAGCGUUGGAGAGGCACGGCAUCCCGUCCUUACAGACGCUGGUGUGCUAUGGCGCCGCCCUGGUGCCCAUCGGCUUCGUACGCUCAAACCUGACGCGCACGCUUUUCCGCUGCCUCAGCCUCACCGCCGGUUGCUCGGCCCUGCACACGUUGGCCUUUCUGCCCGCCCUCCUCACCUUCCUGCCUCCCUCCAAAAGCAGAGACCACCGCCCAGGAAGGGAAGGCCAGAGGCAGGAGGUGGAGUGCGUUGAAAUGAAUGACAGCACUAGAGUAGUGGACCAAAUUACCACUGUUUGAGCAUGGAAUUGUGGGGUUUAUUUUGGCUCGAGCGUUGCUAUGGUGGCUGACAUCUGGGAGCUGUCUCAGUGUGGUCCAAAUGGCCACAAAGCUUCCUGCUAAAGAAAACGCUGACACACUCGAAGACUGAAGGAUAAGGACAGUGCAAAAAAUAUAUAUAUAUAUCAAAAAAGAAACAAGCAGUAAAUGGGUUUAAAGUGAAGCAAAUGAAAAGAAUAAAAAGGCAGGUCCUUGAUGCACUGUCACCAUGGUUUAAUGCUUGUUACUAAUGCUGUGAGGCAUGCAAAUGAGCCCCCACACCCACCCCCCAACAAAACAAUCACAAGUGCGAGAAAGAGCCUGAAUGCCAUCAGAGAGGAAGUGCAUCACCUUCCACUUCUCUGAAACUUGCUUUAGAUCAGAUCACUUUGUUUGCCUACUGCUGUCUGCCAUAUUAUGUUGCACAAUUUUAGCUUCAGUGACAUGAGGCAAUCAAAUGUAUAACUUGAGUAUUUCUACUUUAAUGCUGGACAAAUAAAGUCAGAAUAACAAAAUUUGAUUUGCAGUAUUUCUUAUAAAAAAUCAGCUAAAAUAGGGUAUAAAGGUGUGCUUUUAUUAGUCAUGUGAAUUACAAUAAUGGGAUGAUCUUGUAUAAAAUGAAUGUAUUCUCCAAUAGGAGCUUUAUUGUACAUGCAGUGGGUUUUUAGAAAGAGGAGACAGCCGUUCAAACCAUUUUUUGUGUUUUGAUAAUUCUCAAGACUGCACACUGUAAUUGGCUGGCGUCUCUGUCAAAACAUUGCCGUUCAAGAUUACAGAAAAAAAUACAAAUAAAUAACUGCACAAGACUAUUUCUCUGCAGUGAAGCACACAAA